AUGUCGACCCGACCGAGCUCCGCGGCUACGCGACCGCGCUCCCGUCGCUCUAUUGCGCAUGUUCCGCGAUCUAAGAUGACGUCUGGGCUUGAUAAGGAGAAUGCGACAACAGACAUCGGAGCAACGCUACCGUUUGAAUCAAACUUUAAGCCAGCUACAAAAGAGAAGAAGUCCCGAAGCAAGAGUCUGGGACCUGGUGGGCUUGAUGCUCUUCAGCAUUCUAAUGGUAAUCGUCGGAAGUCUACUGCUUCAUUCCCCCUUAAAUCUAUUCUGAAACCUACUAUUCCUGUAUCUCCUGUGCGAAAUAUCCCAACCUUCGAAGAGACGCGCAGGCGCACCCCGGCUAGGGAUAUAUCAAGUCAGAACGCAAAUGCAAAUGGAAACGGCCAAGGACAGGAGGGGCUAUUGAUUGAUUUCGCCACCCCUCCGCAUCCCCCCACCACUGAUCCCGAUAAUACCGCUAAUCCAUUCGAUACAUUUAAUGCGACGUCGGUUAUCCGCGAUGAAAUGGCUGCUACCAAGGAACGCGACGAAAUAGAGCGCCGGGAGCGCGAACGCUUGAAUAUUCUUGAGAAACGAGAAGCAAGACGAAAGUCCAUGGCGAAUCGUCGAGUGUCGUUUGCCCCCGAGGCCACAUUGCAUACAUGGAACGUGGUAGAGAUACCCGAAGAUGCAACAUCCUCGUCAGCAUCGAACUCCACCAGACGCGCAUCAUCUCUCACAAACACCCAAAAUCAACUGCAGGCGCCCACUCCUGCCAAAGAUGCCCCUUCGUCGCCUGAGGGAGAUGCUGAGUCAGAUUUUGGUUUCUCUCCAGUUAGGGAACAAGAUCUCCAACAAAUGCGAGAUCGCUCAGCAUCUACUGAAGCAGGUCGCGGCCCUACCGACCUCUCAUCCAGUCCCUUUAGUGGAAGCUCUGUCGGGAGCGAGGAUACCGGUGCACAGAGCUUGGCUGGAGAGGAGGAGGAGGGUGAUGAUGAUGAGCAUUCUUCGGGAUCCGAUGAUGGCUUUGAUGCGGAGAGUACGGCCAUGAGUAUGGAUGACAUGACCGCUCGAUCCGGUGUCACCAUCCAGUCAGAUGUAUCCUCUAGUUCUAGCUCCAGUGCUAGACUUAAUGAAGCACUGCGCCAAGCUGCCAGGGAAGCUGGAACUCAAGCAAUCGAUGAUAGAGAUGGAGAGAUGUCCAUGGAAAUUGCCGACCAAGAAAUUACCGGUGCCUUCCAACCUUGGAUAAAGAAGGGCGAACGCCAAAGUUUUGACUGGGAGGACAUCGGUGCUCGUCAGGAUCAAGAGAACGUCGAUCCUUCUAAAGCCGUUUCGGCGAGAGGCUUCCCUGAAUCUGACGGUAUGGAUGAGGAUGAGGAUCUCAGUAUGGAUGUGACCAAUGCAGUUGGUCGUAUUCUGGGCAAAUCCCCUGGUCGUCGACAGAGUGUUAAGCGUCGCAAAUCGACUAGUGAGGAAACAAACUAUGGUGACCAAACAAUGGAAAUGACGGGAAUGGUUGGUGGUAUUACCAAGCCAGAGUCUCCCACCAGAUCUGCAAAUGACGACUAUAAUGACUAUGAUAAUGAUGAUGAAGAGAUGACCAUGGAGUUCACAUCAGUCGUUGGUGGCGUCUUGAGCAAAGGUGGCACCAAUACCGCUAGCCUAGGCAGUGGUGCGGAACAGACACAGCCAGACAUGCCCAGAUCAGGCCACAUGGAGUUAGAAGGAGACAACGACUCGGAUGGGGGCAUGGAGAUGGAUAUGACUGGGGCUGUGGGUUUCAUUCUACCACCUGGAUUGGAUAGCCCAGACAAAGGACAAGCGAAGAGGAUAAUGGAGCUCGAAACCGACUCGGGGCAAUUGGGAAGCUCCCCAUUCCAAGAUAACAUCCGGAAUUCGCCAAACAAGUCCCCUGCAAAAUCACCUCUCGCAUUCCAGGUUGCCGCUGUAGCGUCUGAAAAUGGCAGCCCCAGUCUGGCUAACGUACCGCCCAAACGCUCUACGCGAAGCAGCCUUGGUAUUACAGCACAAGACACUCCGGAGUCAGCGACUCGGCAGCGUUCACCCUCGAAGAAACCGUCAACUCCAUCAAAACAAUCCACACCUCAAACGAAACCAACCACACCCAGUAAAACUCCUCCGUCUGCCAAUGUCACCUUCAGAAGCGCCUCCCCGAAGAAACUAUUCCAACCCGAGAUUCAGCAGUCCGCAGAUAAGCGCAAGUCUUCGCGACUGAGUAUCUUUGAACAGAGUACGACAAACGGACAGUCGACUCCCCGCAUUGUCCUACAGCCUCGGGGACAACGCCGCUCGUCUGGUCUUGGGAUCGAUAAGGAAGGCCUUGGAUCACCUCGAGUUGCUGCUUUGUUGGAUAAACGCCUGUCACUAGGUGAGAACACUCCUCAGUUUGUGCCUCAGGAGCGCACUCGUGGUGCUGUGCGGUUUGAGGACCCGUUGAGGAUGCAAGCAGACGAGGAACGAGAUCGUGAACUAGAGGAACUCCGAGAAGAUGGCCAUAUUCCUUCAAACACUACCGCAGACCGCGAACCUACACUCAGCUUGAAGGAUAUGAUCUCAAGUAUGAGUCCCAAGAAGGGCAAGGUGGGCAGCCGCAAAAGCCUUCACGUGGGUGCCGCUCUCGGCAUCUUAGGCAAGCGGCCAAUUGAACUCGACUUGGAAGAGGAAGAAGCAGAAAAUUCUCCCAAAAGAUUGCGUGGCCACACCGUGAGCCCUGUAAAGGGAGUCAAAUUGCCUGGACCAUUGGCUCAGGAUGGGUCAAGUCGUCGAUCUAUCCGCUCGCCUGUUCGUCGAGCUCGCAGCUCUUCACCUCUAAAGGGCAGCACUACUCCAACUCAGGAGCCUCGAGGUACUUAUAAGAAAGGAACGACCCCUUUGAAAGAGGGCAUCGAUGCUCUGCAUAUUGCAUCAGACCCUCAACAGCCAGAGGAGGAUGAAGAUAUUCCUACUGAAAACCAAGAUCCCGAGAUCGAACCUAUUCAGCUCCAAGAUUUCCUCAACAUGACCAAUAUUCAUUUUAUGGAGCUUACUACAACAAAGAGACGGCAUACCACCGCCCCUGGCAGCGCUACCAAGAAGCUGAGCAGACGCUCUAGCGAGAAUGCUCCUAAACAAGGCACCUUCACUUUUGCCGACUGCGUUGCGGCUGGCUUUUGUACCGUGCCUAUGUUGGAGCUCUAUCAACAUUCUUGCCGCGAAUUGAAGUCAUAUAUCUCGGAAGGCCGCCAAGUCAUCCGAUCUAUCGAAGCCGAAACAUACACCGACAAUCCGCCCCUUUUCCAGGAAUAUGUCACGGCCCCUCCUGACAUCCGAGUGAUUAUGGACAACCAAUUCCGAAAUGUGAAGACCCAUGCGCGCUUGCUCAGCAAGGCAACAUGGUACGAGUGGCGCAUGAAACUCCUCGAGGGCUUGAAGGAAGGCCUUAUUCGGCAUGCCGACGAUAUGAAGGCGGAUGACGAGCUAUUGUCCAAACGCGAGGAACUUCUAAACAGCAUCGUGCCCUCCCUGGUAGCGAAGCAUGCUUCACUAGAGGAGGAAUCCAGCAAUUUGCAGCAACUGGUGGAAGAAAUGGAGAACUGUGACCAGGACGAGCUACGCAGCGCACGCGACAAACUGUCUAGCGUCGAGGAGGAGAUUGCAGCCAAAAAACGAGAACUCUCACAGCUCCAGGUCGAGGUUCAACAGAAAACCACCUCGAUCGAGGCCGGAACCGAAAUGCGCGACGAAUACCUCGCUCAGAUCCAAGAAGCAGAACGGUUAACGGAGGAAUGCCGCGGGUGGAGUGCGCGCGAUAUCCGCGAGCUCAAGGAUUCUGUCCAGAAGAUCGAGCGCCAAACUGGCUGGUCCAUCAUAUCUGCAUCGAGUCCAGCCGAACUGACCACGGGUCCCUUGUUGACUAUGUCGUACUGCGGCCAGCUAGAGAUCAGAUUCCACCCCAGCGCGUUUGCGACCAAAUCCUCUAAGGCUGAAUCCUCCAACCUCCCUCUCGAGUUGAGCCUCGUCAAGGGUAAAGCAACCUCGCCGAUCACAUCUCUCGUCCUCCAGUCGCUGCAACGCCACCUCAUCGCGAUUGAGCAAUCCAAGAUUGCCCCCAAACAGCUUCUACAGUUUGUCUCUCGCGCCUGGGACCGCACACUCGGCCUCGAGAAUGAGGCCCGUAUGCUCGAAUUUUGCGGCGUCACUCGUCUCACUCUCACAGACCCUAGUGACACCGCGCUUUCCCUUCGUGCCCGCUGCACACUGCUUGGUAACACGCCUGCAUCCUCGAUACCGUGCCGGAAGGGCGCAGCAGUGAAGGAAAGCGGCGGCGCGAAGCGGAUCGAUGUUGAUUUCACCGUGCGCACGCGCAUCGACUCAACGGACAAGGAUACGAAAGAAAUCGGCUCGCUAGACUUUGAUAUUGACGCCCUUGCCACGAAAGUCUACGGCUUCGGCACGGGCAACCAAUCCGGUCUGUCCGGAAAGGAGAUGGAAAGUAUCCUAGGUAAGGGGCUCGGCCGCAAGGAUGGCGAGGCUCUUGGGAACGGAGUUUGGUGCAAGGCUGUGCAAAUGCUUACUGGGUCUGUGUUUUGA